AUGAAGCCUCAUUUAUGUGAUCAGCCAAUGAAUCUUACACGUCGAGCCUGCUGUCAACUGGUCUUAUUCCUGAACGAUACUGAACGGAAACCGCCUAUAUAUCUAGUGGAGCCAAUCGAAGAAUCAGAAGAUCAUCUCACUUUCUUCAUUGGAAUUUUUAUGUUGAUGAUUAUUGCAUUGGCGUUUUCAAUCGGAUUGAGUAAAAUGACAAAGCCAAAAGUGUCAAUAAGUCGAUAUAACAAUUCAAACUCUUCAUAUGACAUCUUGAUGUGGCUUUCAAGUAAUCCAACAAACAGAUCAUCGAUGCUCCUGCUCCUCCGAUCCAUGUGUAGAACACCAGCAACACCGGACAGCAGUGUGUCCGUUGUCUCCUCAAAUAUCCCACUUCUCCCUUCUUACCAACGAGCCAGUCAGUCGACGUCAGCGAACACACCACCACCUCCCUAUUCUGCCACGUCAUCACUGGUCGCCUAA